GAUCCCCACGGCUGCAGCAGCGAGCGGAGCACAGGGUGGUUUCGGUCAGCGGGUUCCUCUCUGCCAUCGCCCGGGAGCCGGACACCAUGUCUAUGGGGCUGGAGAUCGGUGGGGUGGCCCUGUCGGUGCUGGGCUGGCUGUGCAGCAUCAUCUGCUGCGCGCUGCCCAUGUGGAGGGUGACGGCCUUCAUCGGCAACAACAUCGUGACGGCGCAGAUCAUCUGGGAAGGGCUGUGGAUGAACUGCGUGGUGCAGAGCACGGGGCAGAUGCAGUGCAAGGUGUACGACUCCAUGCUGGCCCUGCCGCAGGACCUGCAGGCCGCCCGCGCGCUGCUGGUGGUGGCCAUCGUGCUGGCCGUGCUGGGCCUGAUGGUGGCCAUCGUGGGCGCCCAGUGCACGCGCUGCGUGGAGGACGAGACCACCAAGGCCAAGAUCACCAUCGUCUCCGGCGUCAUCUUCCUGCUCUCCGGCAUCAUGACCCUCAUCCCCGUCUCCUGGUCGGCCAACACCAUCAUCCGGGAUUUCUACAACCCGCUGGUGAUCGACGCUCAGAAGCGGGAGCUGGGCACGUCCCUCUACGUGGGCUGGGCGGCCUCCGCGCUGCUGCUCUUUGGGGGGGCCCUGCUGUGCUGCUCCUGCCCCCCCAAAGACGAGAGGUACGCGCCCAGCAAGGUGGCUUACUCCGCCCCGCGCUCCGCCGUUACCAGCUACGACAAGAGGAACUAUGUGUGAGCCCCCCGCGCCCCCCGGCCCAGCCCUAUGGGGGGCUCAGCCGCCCCCGCGCCCACUUCCAGCCCCACCGCCGGGACCGCCACCGCCGGGGACCCUCCGCCCCGCGGGCCGGGGAGAGAGCUCCUGUCCCCGAGGGUGCCCAGCACGGUGGGAGCAGGCGGGGAAAUGAAGGGGGGGCGAUGGGAUCGGUGCCGGGGUCAGGGCCGGGCAGUGUGAGCGGGAGCCGGGCGGGCGGCUGUGUCAAUACUGAUGGUUUCAUGUAAACAGAGCCGGUUUCGGGUUGCCAGGAGAGCUGUGUGCAGCAGCACCAGGAGGAAGCUCCGUGCCCCCCCCGCCCUGCCCCGCCGGCCCCCCCGGGACCCCCCGCCGGCCGGGCACCUUCUCUCCCUGUUACGCGUGGUCUGUACAAGUUACAUUUGUCAAUAAAGGAAUCCUGUUUUGGUA